AUGCAUGAUCUUAUAUAUGAUAUGGCACUGCCUCUAGCUAAAGAAUGGGAGAAAAUGCAUGUGUCACUCAUUCAUGUAAGCGACACGAAACUACUCCAAGAGAUCUUGAAGGUGCAUGACCAUAAAUUAAGAACGUUUUCUGGACGACGUGCACCAGAAGAUGCUGGUACAAUGAUUGGACUAAGUGACAUCAUUUUAAUGUCACACUUCAAGAGCCUCCGGGUGUUGGAUUUGCAUGCUUUUGGCAUUCAUACUCUACCAGACUCUGUUGGCAAUCUUAUUCACUUGAGGUAUCUUGAUCUCUCUGACAAUGAAUUUCUAGUGAAGUUGCCAAACUCAAUCGCUAAUCUGUACAACUUACAAACGCUUAAACUCAAUGACUGCUGCGAUCUUAAAGAAUUACCCACUAGUACCAGAUCAUUGGUCUGCCUUAGGCGCCUUGAAAUUGACAGGUGUGAGAAAUUGACUUUUAUGCCUCCUGGCUUUGAAAACUUGACUUCUCUUCGGUUGGUUUCUCGUUAUGUGAUUGGAAGACCUCGUUUUCAGUCUGCUAGUGGAUUCAAGUCGCUUGGCAACCUCAACUGCUUACAGGGAAGAUUGAUGAUUGAGCUUUCCAAAAAUUGGACUACUGAAGUAAAUGAAGCUGCAAAAUCAAACUUGAGCAAUAAAACCAGGCUUACAGAGCUGGAAAUUAAAUGGGGACCUACGAGAUGUACCAGCAAAACUGAUCGGCUUCAGCACCAGCUGCUGUUAGAUGACCUCCAGCCCCCUCCUAGUCUGAAAAUGCUGCAGAUAGAAGGGUAUAUAGGGAACGAUUUCCCGAGCUGGGCAAGAGCUGAUACUCUGGUCACUGCACUCCCGAAUUUGAUCAUUGUCAGCAUUGAUGGUUGUGGACAGUGUAAAACCCUCCCUUCUUUUAGUCGGCUCAAGUUCCUCAGACACCUCACUCUGCGAUUUAUGGGUAGCGUACAAUUUUUUGAGAACUCUGACAAUCAAUCACCAUCAACAUCUCCAUUUUUCCCAUCCCUUCAAGAGCUCACACUUCACAGUUUCUACAGCUUAGAAAGAUGGAGGGAUGAAGAAAGAGUGUCAUCACUGUCAUUUAGUCGUCUUCAGAAACUGAAUAUAUGGAGCUGCCCAAAGUUGACAUCCAUGCCUCUGUUUCCAAAUGUUAAAGUUCUGGAUCUGCAAAACAUCAACAAGAAGUUACUUGAAGUUUCCAAUAUAUGUACGAGUGAGUCAGAGCUCCAAAUGUCAAUGCUACCGUCAUCAUCUAACUCGGAGAUUCGACAAGAUAUGCCAUUUGGACUUACUCAAAACCUCAAGCAGCUUGAGACUUUGCACAUUAAGGGCUGUCCCAAUUCAAAGACCUUAGCACUUGGAAAUUACUCAAAGCUACUUAAAAAACUGGUGCUUGAAAGAUUAGAGAUGCUGUGUUCCUUGACUGCAGAUCUGAAACAUCUGACCUCUCUUGAGGAGCUUGAGAUUGCUAGCUGUAAAAAUCUUGAUCUGUCAGGCGAAUGCCAGGGUAGCUGUGGUGAAUGCGAUCAGUGCAGUUUAUCAUGGAAAUUUCUUUCAAAUCUUAAUCGUUUAACUAUAAGGGAUCUGCCAAAGCUAGUGAGUCUUCCUCUUGGGCUGAGCUACAUCUCAACACUCAAAGUGUUAUGCAUAUCAACAUGUAACAAUUUGAGUGUCUUGCCUGAGUCGAUGAGUCAAAUCACCUCACUCCAAUAUCUCAUACUUGAGGGUUGUUUGGCACUAACGAUGCUGCCUGAGGGGCUAAAAGGUCUCCAUUCAUUAGUAAAAGUUGACAUUAUAGAAUGUCCCAAACUAAUGGAACGAUGUAGAGAAGGCGGUGAAGACUGGCACAAGAUUAAGCACGCACGAGUUUUAUGUCACAAGUCCUGGCGUUAUGCACUUAUGUCAGGAGCAGAAUUACGACAGAAUCCCAAAAACGCGGGUGAAAAUGUUGUAGUCCAUUCAGAAGAUCCUACCAUUCAUGUGGAUGUGAAUAUCAGAAGGCAGAAGGCAGUCAAUCCGUAAACUCUGAUGGGUGAGAAUCACAUCUUUAUCCCAGUUCCCAUCAUAAGACUAUACUCUAUACAGCAAGUUAUGAUCUUCAAUAGAGGUGUAUUUCCUUCUCUUAUAAGUUAUAAUUGAUCUGUUAAUACUUCUUCCCUUUUUUUACACUUGCAUCAUGUAGCUUGGACAUGGUUUAUAGGAGCGUAUAUAAAGAGGAGAUAGAUAAAAAGUAGAACCCUUGGUGUAGCUGAGAGAUAGAGAGAACCCAUUGCCAAAUUACGAAAUGAUGGCAAUCAUGCAAGUACGAAAAAUGGAAGGAAGUUUCGCGCAGGAUGCAUUUUUUCAUAAUCGAUAUAGGCAUAUAUCAUCUUCGAGGCCUUACUUUAGCCACUACAGUGUUUUGGAUGCAUCAGCUUUCGACGUUAAGUUAAUUGAAGAUUUUUCAUCAAGAGCGAAGUUUUUUCCUUCUGUAAUACAGUGUUAAUUGUUAAGUUUACUGUUCAAAGUUUUUUUUUGUUUGUUUAAGUUCCCUAAUUUAAUAUAGCAGUAUUGAACCCUGAAACUACCAAUUCAUAAUCGAUAUGAACCUGUUUUUUUCCUCAACAUCUUCCGAUUGAUUAUUUAUUUAUUUGAUAAUCAUAAAUGUUGUGUAUUGAAUAUGAAAAUCUGUGGACCAUCCAUUAGCUCCAUUAUAACAAUAAUACUUGGUUUUUUUUAAUAUACAAUGUUGUUCAAUCUACAAAAAUUGUGAUCGAAUAUACAACUUCAGAAAGUGUUAUGAAAUGUUCAUCUCCUAAAUUUAAUGGGCAACCCUUGAACAAGAAAUUUCGUAAAUGAAUUUACCUUUUAAAAUCAUCAUUGCAGCUUCGUUUGAAAUCAUCAUUGCAUCUUCGUUUGAAAAUAUCAUCAGUAAUUUGAAUCCGUUACUCCUUGGUUGGUUUGGGUAGUGGGUUAACCAUUAUCCUUA